AUGGCUUCCCCGCCAGAUCGCGCAGCGCGCGCUCCUGAGGACCCAAACCUCGCUGAUGCGAUUCCCUCAAGUUCUGGAUCUGAGCUCUCCGCCGAAUCCGAAGACUCCUCUCCAGCCCUCAGCCCAGGCCUAGUCAACGCAAGUAGCCCCCGAGUCCCUUCGCUUCCUGCGCUUCGAUCUGCCUCCGACCCCCAGUGCGCAACACCCAUGAGUGUCCAGUCAACUCCUCUGGGGAUGCUGCAGAAUGCGCGUAGACCAAAUAUGGCUCCAGCAGUGUCACCAGGACAAGGUGGUGUGGGUAGUGGUUUGCCGCAAAGCAUGGAGGCGAAGAUGAGGGCGUUCCAUCUGUCAAGACAAGGCACGCCGCCGGGUCGCCCGCCGAUGGGAAACUCCAUUUCAGCAGGUUCCCCUUCCAGUGCGCCUGCAUUUGGUGGCCAAGCAACUGGAGGUCUCCCGGCCGGGUUACAGUUGCCCAUUCGGCCAUCUCCUCAGAACUUCGCCUCUGCUCCGGUCACCCCAAAGAUGCCUGCAAAACCCACGGGAUUGAGUGCGCGUCGAGGCAUGAAGUUACCGGGAGGCUUGCCUGGUGGUCUGUCUGGAGAUAGCGCACCCGACGCCAACGGCAAUGCCAAACCGAAGGAGGAUAACUCACUGUUCAAUAAAUACUCCGAGUAUGUCGACACGAAGAAUGGUGUCUUGAAGUUCGCAGGGAAAGCACAGAUUGAUGGGCAAGGGAUCAAGUUCGCUGGUGGGCAUACUUUCAACAUCUCUCUCGAUGAGGUAGAUACCCUGGAGGAGUUGGGGAAAGGGAACUAUGGCACCGUCUAUAAGGUCAGGCAUGCGCGGCCACGGAUACGGCGACCAGGUCUGGGGCUUGCAGGCAAUAAGCUGCCAUCCUCCAGCUCUUCUAUAGCAUCGCCAGAGCAGCAAAAUGGCGCUGAAGGGUCACCCCAAGGCAAUACGACCGGUGUGAUCAUGGCAAUGAAGGAACUCCGGCUCGAGUUGGACGAGGCCAAGUUCAGGGCGAUUAUUAUGGAAUUGGACAUCUUGCACAAGUGCCUGAGUCCUUGCAUAAUUGAUUUCUACGGUGCAUUCUUUCAAGAGGGGGCCGUCUACAUCUGCAUCGAGUUCAUGGAUGGUGGUUCGAUCGAUAAGCUCUAUGGUGAUGGAAUUCCCGAGAAUGUGCUACGAAAGAUCACCUAUGCUACGACGCAAGGGCUCAGGACAUUAAAAGAUGAUCAUAACAUCAUUCAUAGAGAUGUCAAACCAACCAAUAUCCUGGUAAAUACGCGCGGUCAAGUGAAGAUCUGCGAUUUUGGCGUUUCCGGGAACCUAGUUGCAAGCAUUGCAAAGACCAAUAUUGGUUGCCAGUCUUACAUGGCUCCGGAGCGAAUAUCGGGCGGUGGGAUGUCCCAGGCGAAUGCGGAUGGUGGGACUUACAGUGUUCAAUCCGAUAUCUGGUCCUUGGGACUGACCAUCAUCGAAUGUGCACUUGGACGGUAUCCUUACCCUCCCGAGACCUACAACAACGUAUUUUCCCAGCUCAGCGCAAUCGUAGAUGGUGACCCACCCGACUUACCAGAAGAAGGCUUCUCAGAACUUGCCCGCGAUUUUGUUCGUGGGUGUCUGAAUAAGAUUCCGAAAUUGCGUCCUACUUACAGCAUGCUACUUCAACAUGGAUGGCUUGCUGAACUUUCGAAGCCUGCGACAAUUACCGAGGCUGACGAAGAAGAGGCUGAGGCUGGCGGUAAUGCUUCGGGCCCAGUUCUGCUAGGAAAGAGCGGGACGGAUGAUGAGGAAGUUUCCACCUGGGUUAAAAAUGCCCUUGAAAGGAAGCAGAAGGGCCUACUGGGUGUGAGUGCGAAGCCCGCGCUUCAUGCUGCACCACUGGAUGCCGUCAGUCCAAUAGGCAGCCCGGCUGCUUAG